AUGAAUGAUCUUGAAACUUUGGGAAAAUUGAAGAAUGGUGAUUUCCACUGUGUAACAUGUAUUUGGAACAUCCAUGAGACUGAAUUGUCAGACUUAAAUGAAAGCAUUUUAUGUGCCAUAUAUAAAGGAAUGGACUUGUCCAAAGCAGCCAGUUGCCGGCACCGUGAGGGGCAGGUGACAUCUGUUUAUCCCACUGGUGUGUUUCUGCCUUCUUAUAAGUCUUCCUCAGGAGGAAGACCAGUUGCCCAGUUAUCUCAGGAGACAAACAGGAGAGAAUUUAAAUGUCAAACAUGUGGAUAUCAGGCAAUCAGCGAAUCUAAGCUCACCAUGCACAUAAGAAGACAUACUGGAGAGAAGCCUUUUGUGACCCCGUGGGUAGGCAAGAGCAGGGCGAACUACCAGUGUGAGUCAUGCAGCUACAGCACUCGCAACAGUAAGGAUAUGCGUCGCCAUAUUCGUGUUCACACAGGAGAAAAACCUUUCGCCUGUCCCUUAUGCUCACAUCAGUCGGCUCGCAAGUCCAAUCUGAUAAAUCAUGUCCAGCGAUGGAGGACCAGGGCUGGCGGAACAUGCCAUAGAUGCAGCCACUGUGGAUACCAAGCUAGGGACAAGCUGGACUUGCAGCGACAUACUCGCAUCCAUACAGGAGAGAAGCCAUUUGCAUGUCCAUACUGCCCCCAUCGUUCAGUACCGAGACCUGGACAGAGAGGCAGAACCAGAAUGCCACAGAAGUGUCCAUUAUGUGGCUAUGCAGCUUUCGAUGCUACUGCCAUGCGGCGUCACAUACGCACACACACUGGGGAGAAACCAUUUGCUUGUGAACUUUGUUCAUAUCGCUCUACUCUGAAGACCAACCUCAAACGUCAUAUUGCAAAUAAACACAGUAGUCCUCAGAUAUGA